GUACUAGUGACAUAGUACGAAUGGAACAUUGAGCCUUCAAGUUCAAAUGUUCCUUAUUCCAACCUUUUGAUUGGAUACCGAUGUUUUCCCGAAGCCUACUAAACUCCACCUGUAGCGUUAAAUUAUUGAUGUCUGCAAUGACUCUGCAUGGGUGGUACGUCCGUUUAAGUCACUUAUCAAAUUCUUAUCGGUCUAAAUUUUUGAAAGAACAUACAUAUCGAAGCUCCUGCCUCUCUCUCCAUUCACAUCUUCAACUUCAAAAACUCGAUUUAAAUCUGAUAUUGGUUCUUGCCUUGCGCCAUAUCCAAGCACGACUACGGCAAAAUCUCCUCCACAAAAACCAACAAAAACUCUGCGACCUUGUCGAACCAUACCAAUUCUAUUCAAAGACUUGCUUAGCCUCUCGGCGCAUCGCAUUGCCCAACAUGUUCGCCCUAUCGGAAGAGUCCAAAGAGCGCAUUGGAAAGAUCAUUGAGAUUGGAAGAGUUGCGAUGCACUAUGGCUAUCUACCUCUAAUACUCUACCUCGGCUACACUCGUAGCGACCCGCGACCUUCCAUUAUCCGAUUACUCUCUCCCCUCUCUUAGUUCAUCCCGCCGAACUAGCAGCUACAACAAUUCGUGUACGAUUGCUUCAGUAAGCCAUGGAGAUGGGGGACUGGAAACUGGAAAAAGAAAGCAGAGGGGAAAACCCCACGCACACACGCCCCAGAAGCAUUAUGAGGAUCGAGGGAAGAAGGGCACUCAAUCGACAUGACAUUUCAUGAUGAGCAUUUGAAUUGUGCCGCCGGUGAGCCGGCCGUGUAAAUUAUAAUGAAUAAGCAUACACAAAUACCACUCGGAAUACAAACUCUGGGUUUGGCAUAUGGAGUUGUGACACAAGUUGGCCCUGAUCUAAGAAUUAAGAUUACUUGACUGUUAAUCUCACUCAUCAUUCGUUACUC